ACUGCGCAUGCGGACCCGUCCUUGGGGCGGGGCCGCGCGGGGAGGAGGGUCGGGUACGGAAGCGCGGAGCACGGACCCCGCCCCUUCGCGGCCCCGCGCGUGACGUCGCAGGGGGCGCCGGCCUCCGCCGGGCCCGGAGUGCAGGCUCUCCCCGGAGGCUCAGCCCCCUCUGCUCCCCAUGGGCAACUGCCAGGCAGGGCACAACCUGCACCUGUGUCUGGCCCACCACCCACCUCUGGUCUGUGCCACUUUGAUCCUGCUGCUCCUUGGCCUCUCCGGCCUGGGCCUUGGCAGCUUCCUCCUCACCCACAGGACUGGCCUGCGCAGCCCUGACAUCCCCCAGGACUGGGUCUCUUUUUUGAGAUCUUUUGGCCAGCUGACCCUGUGUCCCAGGAAUGGGACAGUCACAGGGAAGUGGCGAGGGUCUCACGUCGUGGGCUUACUGACCACCUUGAACUUCGGAGACAGUCCAGACAGGAACAAGACCCGGAUAUUCCAGGCGACGGUCUUGGGUAGUCAGAUGGGAUUGAAAGGAUCUUCUGCAGGACAACUGGUCCUUAUCACAGCCAGGGUGACCACAGAAAGGACUGCAGGAACCUGCCUGUAUUUUAGUGCUGUUCCAGGAAUCCUACCCUCCAGUCAGCCACCCAUAUCCUGCUCAGAGGAGGGGGCUGGAAAUGCCACCCUGAGCCCUAGAAUGGGUGAGGAGUGCGUUAGUGUCUGGAGCCACGAAGGCCUUGUGCUGACCAAGCUGCUGACCUCGGAGGAGCUGGCUCUGUGUGGCUCCAGGCUGCUGGUCUUGGGCUCCUUCCUGCUUCUCUUCUGUGGCCUUCUCUGCUGUGUCACUGCUAUGUGCUUCCACCCGCGCCGGGAGUCCCACUGGUCUAGAACCCGGCUCUGAGGGCACUGGCCUAGUUCCCGACUUGUUUCUCAGGUGUGAAUCAACUUCUUGGGCCUUGGCUCUGAGUUGGAAAAGGUUUUAGAAAAAGCGAAGAGCUGGAAUGUGGGGGAAAAUAAAAAGCUUUUUGCCCA